UGCAGAAGCAAAGCAACUAACCAACGAUUUCGCAUUUCCACUCCGUCAACCAACCUCAUCUGCAGCGCACAUCAAACUCCAGACAGUCCAGUACGUCUCAACAGUCAGGAAGAAGCAAAGCUUACCAACGGAAGCCAAGAUGCCAACGGUUGCGACAACGCCGUUUGAUGACCAGAAGCCUGGCACCUCUGGUCUGCGCAAGAAGGUGACCGUCUUCCAGCAAGACCACUACACGGAGAACUUCAUCCAGGCCAUCUUUAACGCCAUCCCCGCCGUCGAGGGGGAGAGCUUCGAAGGGUCCACCAUCGUCGUUGGCGGUGAUGGCCGCUUCUUCUGCACGGAGGCCGCCCAGAAGAUCAUCAAGAUUGCCCAUGCCAACAAGGUGGGCAAGGUGGUUGUGGGCCAGAACGGCCUCUUCUCCACCCCAGCCGUCUCUGCCGUGAUUCGCGGCCGUCAGGCCAAAGGUGGCAUCAUCCUGACGGCGUCCCACAACCCUGGCGGCCCAACCGGUGACUUUGGCAUCAAGUACAACGCUCGCAACGGCGGCCCUGCCCCCAGCAGCAUGACCGACAAGAUCUUCGAAGCGAGCAAGGAGCUGACGGCGUAUCACAUCAGCGACAUUGCGGACGUCGACCUCUCAAAGGUCCAGACGGUCAAGGUGGACGAUACCUUCACCGUCGAAGUCGUCGACUCAGUGCAGGAAUAUCUUGACCUGAUGAAGCAGCUGUUUGACUUUGCCACCCUGCGCAAGCUCGUCUCUUCCUCCUCCUUCAAGAUGCGCGUGGACUGUCUCCACGGCGUGGCCGGCCCCUAUGCGAAGCGCAUCCUUGAGGACGAGCUCGGUGCACCGCAGGGCUCUGUCGUCAACUGCUCCCCGCUGCCGGACUUUGGCGGCGGCCACCCUGACCCGAACCUCACAUAUGCCGCCGACCUCGUCACCGCAAUGAAGAGCGGCGAGUUUGAUUUUGGCGCAGCUUUUGACGGCGAUGCGGUGCGCCCUCGAAUGUGUAUGUGUGCGUGCGUGUGUGUGUGUGUGUGUGCGUGCGUGCGUGCGUGCGUGCGUGCGUGCGUGCGUGCGUCGAUGCCAACCGGGUCUGCCCUCGAUCGCGUGGCCGAGAAGCUGGGCCUCUCCCUUUACGAGGUCCCCACGGGCUGGAAGUUCUUUGGCAACCUCAUGGAUGCAGACCGCAUCACCAUCUGCGGCGAGGAGAGCUUUGGCACAGGCUCAAGCCACGUGCGCGAGAAGGACGGCGUGUGGGCGUGCCUGUGCUGGCUCUCCAUCCUCAGCAACACCGGGGAGUCUGUGCAAGACAUCUGCACUAAGCACUGGGAAGAGUUUGGCCGCAACUACUUCACACGGUACGACUACGAGGGUCUCAAGACUGAAGACGCCAACAAGGUGAUGUCGCACCUCGGCGCCAUGACUGAGGACGCCUCCAUGGCCGGCAAGCAGUUUGAUAGCGGUUUCAAGCUGAAGAUCUGCGACAACUUUGAGUACACCGACGUGACCAACAACGAGGUCACCUCCAAGCAGGGCAUUCGGUUUGUGUUUGAGGACAACUCGCGCAUUGUGUUCCGCCUGAGUGGUACCGGCUCCAGCGGUGCCACCCUGCGCAUGUACAUUGACAGCUACCAAGGCGACCGCAAGCAGUGUCAGGUUGAGGCACAGACGGCGCUCAAGCCGCUGGUGUCACUUGCGCUGCAGCUGGCCAAGGUCGAGGAGUUCACUGGCCGCAAGGAGCCCACCGUCAUCACCUAAUCAUUCCACACCCUUCCCCCUCUUGCGGCUUUUGUCCCGUGCAUGCAUGUCGUGUGCCAUGCAAUGCCCGUGUUGCCUUGAUGAAUAAAACGCGCCGCCAACACACA